AUGCCUGAACCAGCAAAGUCCGCGCCUAAAAAAGGCUCCAAGAAGGCUGUCACCAAGACCGCCAGUAAGGGAGGAAAGAAGCGCAGAAAGUCCAGGAAGGAGAGUUACGCCAUCUAUGUCUACAAAGUCCUGAAGCAGGUCCACCCUGACACCGGCAUCUCCUCCAAAGCGAUGGGCAUUAUGAACUCUUUCGUCAACGACAUCUUCGAGCGCAUCGCCGGUGAGUCGUCUCGCCUCGCGCACUACAACAAGCGCUCCACCAUCACUUCCAGAGAGAUCCAGACCGCCGUGCGUCUGUUGCUGCCCGGAGAGCUGGCCAAACACGCCGUGUCCGAGGGCACAAAGGCCGUCACCAAAUACACCAGCUCGAAGUGAGGCGUGCCCGACUUCAACUACCCCAAAGGCUCUUUUAAGAGCCACACAUCUUUUCAGAUAAAGAGCUUUUGUGUGUUAGCUAAUGCUUUUAAUUUUAUAAUUUUCUUGAGUUCGUUAAUAUGAUCACUGACUUGGGUUUGUGAGGAGAUUUAGGCUGUGCUCGUUUUAAUAAGGUCCGAUAUGGUAACUUCCUUCCACUUUACUUUUUGUCCAAUUUUCAAGUAUAAAGCAUUAUUUUACUUCCAAAUAAAAGACUGUUUUUACUUGAAAAUAGGAAGAAAAGUUGGUCGAAGUUUAUAAAAGGGUAAUUUUACUCAAACAUGAAUAGUAAAUACAUUGAAAUAAAGUUUUUGCAUUUAGUUUGUAUCUGCACACAUGGCUGAUGAAAUUAGAACAACAAAACAUUUGUUUAUAAUGUUGUA